AUGGAGGUGGCGGAUAUGAGAAUGUUGAGAUGGAUGUGUGGAGUUUCAAGGAAGGAUAGAAUAAGGAAUGAGUUUAUUAGAGGUUCUGAUAAGGUGGGUCCCUACAGAAGGAAGAUGCAAGAAUGCAGGUUGAGGUGGUUUGGUCACAUAGAGAGAAGUAGUGAAGAUUAUGUUGGAAAGAGGGUCAGAAAACUGGUAGUGAAAGGAAGGAGGAAGAGAGGAAGACCAAGGCUGCAUUGGAAAGAUAAGAAUAUUCAGUUUCUUAUUGAAUGUGAUUUUAUUUUUCUAGAAAAAGGAGAUAAUCAAACGUAUUGGGGUAUCCAGUUAGAUCAAGAUCUUUUAGAAACCAUAGUUAGUAUAUAUCCAGAGUGGUUUAAGGAUUGUAAUUUUUGUAUUUCGAAUAUGGCCGAAGGAAAUACCCAUUACAAGACAGAAAAUGGGAAAAUUAUAAUUCCCUUAUAUAACACGAGGGACAUGGAAUCUCCUCCCAAGGCUAUCGUAGAUGAUGCAUCUCUUCAGAAAGCCAUGAAUAAGAAUAAAGAAUCUUUGAAGGUGAAACUAAUGUUACGAAGACCCCUCAAUCAAUUAGUGGAACAAGGAAUUAUGCCAUCAUUAAAAACUUCACCACAUUUUCAUGAACAGAGGCAAAAACUGGAAAGAGCUAAGAUGGGUGACAUUUUAAAAAAUAAAAUUCAGCGAAGACCUGAUAGACAGGAGUUAAUACAGCAACAUAUUUUGGAAGAUACAAAAAUUGAUCCAAGUCUUCAAGACAAGCAGAGGCAAUUAAAAAAAGCCCGUCUAGCUGAUGACUUAAAUGAUAGGCUCUCCCAUCGUCCUGGUCCAUUGGAACUCAUAAAAGGAAAUAUCCUUCAGACUGAUGAAAAAUUUGCCCAGGCGGUAAAAGAGGGUCAAAUUCCAUUCAAGAGGACUUGCGAAGGUCAAACACAGAAACAUCCUCCCCCAAGAUUUCUUUUUGAAGAAGACAGUGGAAGUGAAGGUGCUUAUUCACCCCCAGAUGCUACAGAUCAAUCUCAAAAUAGAUGUGGUCAAAAUUAUAUCUUAAUGUAUAAUAGCAGACUAACAAUAGAUCCUGAAAAAAUAUGUAGUAACUGUACUAUGCAAGCAUAUGAAACUUGGGAACGUGUAUUUCUUCAUUGUGGUCCACCAAAUGCUCAAAAAAAUCAAUCAUCUUCAUCACCAUCAUCGUCAUCAUCAUCGAAUGCUGAAACUUCUUACGAAUUAUUAUUACAGCAACAGCAAUUGUUUCUGCAGUGGCAAUUAGAAUGGCAACAAAAGUAUCCUCAGAUUAUUCUUCCAGCAACUCAGAAAUCAAAUGGGGACCAAGGAACUGUAAAUGGAAGUAUUCAAAUAAAUACUCCAUCAAGUGACCAAUGUAUAAAUCAAGAAUCUUCUGCAAUCCAGUCAAGAAACAUUUCUAAAUUGGAGGACAUGAAAGGUAUUUCUGAAAAUUUGCAUUACUUUUAUGCCAAUUCACAUAUUCCUUCAUUAGAAAUCAGUGGAGCAUCUACUCCCAUGCAAGAUUCUCCUGAAUCCAUAGAUCUAAAAUCUUACAAAGAAGACGAAAGUAUCAACAAUAAUAUGUGCAUGUCUCACAUUCCCAAUCAUAUAAGCGGAGUUUCAUCAUCUUUGAAUAGAGAAGUGAAUGCAAGUUCUAAUAAGAGUAGAAAGAAAUCUAAAUCAAAGUCUCAACCUAAAACAAGAACAAUAAAAUUUCAUGAAUAUAAGGGUCCACCAAAUGCUCAAAAAAAUCAAUCAUCUUCAUCACCAUCAUCGUCAUCAUCAUCGAAUGCUGAAACUUCUUACGAAUUAUUAUUACAGCAACAGCAAUUGUUUCUGCAGUGGCAAUUAGAAUGGCAACAAAAGUAUCCUCAGAUUAUUCUUCCAGCAACUCAGAAAUCAAAUGGGGACCAAGGAACUGUAAAUGGAAGUAUUCAAAUAAAUACUCCAUCAAGUGACCAAUGUAUAAAUCAAGAAUCUUCUGCAAUCCAGUCAAGAAACAUUUCUAAAUUGGAGGACAUGAAAGUGAGUGAUUUGAAAGCUGAAUUGAAAAAAAGAAACUUACCUGUGUCUGGUUCAAAGCCGCAAUUAAUUGAAAGACUUAAACCGUAUUCAGACAUUUCAAAUUCAGCGUUAUCCUCGUUAUCGGAUACCGUAACUCCGGCAUCUUCAACCAACUCUUUACCUUUAACUAUCAGCAGUAUUUUUCUGGAUACAUCUGCAGCAACAACUGCGCCCAUUACUACUCCCUCUUCUGUUACAACAACCGUCGUUGCUACUACCUCUGUCACAACUGUCUCCGGUACGCCAUCCAUAACCAACUCACAAAAUGAAUCCGAAAUAUUUUCGCCCAUGUCUGUGAAUACUGUACCUACUAAAAUGAAUUCUAAUGCCGUUUGUGAAGAUGUCAAAUUGGGUAUUUAUAAAAUACCGUCCGUUACUCAAGUAGUUACUUCUCGACCUUCUUCUGUAGCACCCAUGGAAGUUGAUACUUCUCCCAGUAUGAUAAUGGAAGCAAUGGAUAUAAAUGAAACUGCAUCAACUCCAAUUACAAAUGAAGAAAUUGUUAAAUUACAACAAAAGAAAAUUGAAGAAUUGCAAAGAGAACUUCAAAGAAUGAACAAUCAUAGAGAUUUAAUUCUAAAAUAUUAUAUAAAACAAAACUAUAUUGGUACUGACAUUACUUUUCAUAUUUCAGGCACAUCUGGAAUCACAAAUGUAUUACCAUCUUCUCAACCAUCGUCGGCUGCCGUAAAGGCUAAUCUGGCAGCAUUUUUACAUAACCAGCAUUCUCUAGUACCCAUAACAAACGUGAGCAUAUCUAGUCCAGUAAUUUCACAAGUUGCCACGAGUCAACCAGUGGUAUCCAUUCCAGCUAGAGUUUUAACGGCUCAGCCGAACGUGGAUCAAAUCGAAUACAAUUCAAAACAGGCAAAUAUGCAGCCUCUUUCGAAUCUCAUACGAAAUUCUUCUCCAUCUCCAAAAGCCGCCGAUUCGUAUCCAAAUGGCAUAAAUCACAAAAGAAAUUCAUCGUUGUCCGGUUUUAACAAUAUGCUAGCAUCAAAACAAACAGAGAAGGAAAAACUGAACGAAUCUCCAUUUAUCACAAAACCACCCCCUGAUUAUAAUGAAGCCACAAAGCAAUUAGUUAAAUCUCAGCAAACUACAAAUUCCCAUUUUAUCAAUCAGCCCAGUAACAGAUCAGGUGACGAAGGAAUCAUCAAAAGUCAAGCCGUCGAUGACGUUUUAGAAAUCUUAAUAAAAAAUGGAGAAUUGCCACCUAGUGCAGCUCAAGAACCUCCAUUAUUAAACAGUAUUAAAACUGUUAAAAUACCAAAGUCGUCAUCAAAUAUUUCUUCUUCUAAAACUGGUUAUCCUAGUAAUGGAAGUCAGACGACAGGUUCUUGUAAUUUACAAUCCAUUGCACCUAGUCUUGUAAGUGGACACGUUGCAAUGACAUCUCCUCCGUCAACCAUAUUGGGAGAUCAAGAAAAUAAUGCAAAUACCCCAUUAGAUUUUGAUUUUCAUUUGGAUUUAGAUGACAUAGAAAUAAUGGAAUUAGGUGGGGUUCUAGUUGGAGAAGGUACUGGCAAUUCUGUUUCGAAAUUGGAAUCAAAUCAAAUGCAAUCAGUUGGCAAUAAUGAGCAAAACAUGUUGGAAGAAAAUGGCAAUCCAGUGGUUCUUUCAGACAAUACUGUAAAUAUGGAUGUCGAAUUAUCCGAUUGGUUAGACGUGAUGAUUCCUUCGACAUCGGCAGCCACCACCACUUCAAAUAUAUGUGUAAGUAAUAACAUUUUACAGCAAAAUAAUAACAACAAUAGUUAUCGAAACGAUCCCGAUCCUUUAUUAUCAACAUUAGCUAACAAUAAUGACCUACACGAUCUGUUUUCAAUUGAAGACCUGGACUUUAAAACUUCACCCAACGAUUUAAAUAUACACACUUGGGACAAAAUAGAUUUUGCUACUUAAGGUAAUGUGAUAACAUGUUUAAAUAAGAGUCAGAGUUUUAAAUUUGCUUAUCAUAUUGAUGCAAACAGUGACGCAGACUUUUUUAAACAUACCAGAUAAUUAAUGUACAUUGUAAAGAGGGUCUGUGACUCGAGAUUCUGAUGAGGACCAAAUAAUGUGAAUAACUGCUUGACCAUAGAUGAACGAAUUGCAAUGCGAAUGAAAUUGUAAUCGUUGUUUGUAGUUUUAAUAAUGUUUCAAUUGUGUAGCAUAGAAUGAAAAAAUGUAUAAUCAUUAAAUAUUUUGAUGUCCUGUAAUGUAAAUGACUGUUGUGAAAACUUCUAUUUAAUGACUAUUUUUAUUUUGAUCAAUGUAAUUGGGAUGUUCUUAGCUUCAAAGAUAUUUUCUUCUUUUUUUUAAUUUGAUCUUUGACAUAAGUGGGAAACAAAUUGCUUCCGACAGAGAGAAAUUUUAAUUUUGAUUCAUUUUAAAAUUUUAUUGUGCAUAUUUUAUUUAUAUAUCUGGGAAUUCUUUAUCAUUUUAUUUUGUAUCCAUUGUUCAAUAUAUAUAAAUAGUAU